AUGCGCCAUGUCAACACUCACGUGGCAGCCGCAUCGGCACCUUCGACGGCCGUGAGACCAGCAGCAAUGGCGACUGUGAGAUCAGUUACCAUGAUGAGUGUUGGAAUCAGCAUCAAUGACGACUGUCCGAAUCAGUCGGACGAACGAGAGAGUGAGACCAUCAUGACUAGAAUGAGUUUGCAGGCGACUCGCCGCAAUGGCGACUGUACACAAGACGUCAUCCUCGCGUGA